AUGAACAUUGGAGCUGGCUACGAAAUGGCCAUUGACGUUGAUGAGGCCGAUAUGUCAAUUUUAGAUGAGAAUCUGAAAUUGACAGAUGAGUUGACUGCUGCGCUAUCUGCAAAACUUCACAGAGUCUCAACUAGCAGUGCGCUCGCAAUCAAGUCAAUCAACCCACUGAUGGUCAAAAUCAACCGUCUCAAAGUGCAACAGAGAAACUUUCAGAAUAUAUUCAAGCUGGUCGAAAGUAUCCAGGACUACGCGGAGGAGAUCAGCAGUUUAGACAAAUCAAUAGGCACUUUUGGUGGACUCGACUCUGUCUCACAAAUAAGCAGCUUCUGCAACAUCGUUAAAAAAUAUCAGGGAAUCCAGAGUGAUCUGAAGUCCAAGAAUUUGAAGGACUUUGAAGGUUUGCGCAAAGGGCUUGAUUCGUCUCUACGGGAUGCCGAUGUAACUUUGAAAUUUGAAUUUAUCAAUAAGCUCAAAACAUUAAGCAAGAGGCUCAAAAGCAAUGGAAACAAGUUUGGAAAGGAAGAGGACGAUAUAAUAGUGCAGCUGAAGCUGAUCAGAAUACAAUCUCUCGACUCUUCGUGCACUCAACUUAGAUUUGCCUACUCUUGUCAAGGAUCAGACGUAUUACUACGACGGAGACAAAAACCAAAAAUACUUUGUUCAUUAUUCCAAGACGCUGCAAAGUCUUCUCUACGGAGAGCCGCAUUUCCUUUCCAAGUUCUUCGAUGA